CAUGAUGAACGUAAUUCAGAUUGUUCGUGACCACUGGGUACAUAUACUUGUGCCUGUGGGAUUUGUCCUUGGAUGUUAUCUAGACAAAAAGAACGAUGAAAAGCUAACUGCCUUCCGGAACAAGAGUUUGUUGUUUAAAAGGGAAUUGAGACCCAAUGAAGAAGUCACCUGGAAGUAAAGGCUGUGACUGAAAUACACAAUGUUCACAUUUUAAAAAUUGGGAGAGAAAUAAAAACACAUUCAUUAUUUAA